UCCCUCAUCACUGACAGGGCAUUCUGGGAAGAUUUGAAGAAGCUGUAUCGAGUGAUGAAGGGGCCCUACGAUGUGCUGCGGAUGGUCGACAAGGACAUCCACUGCUUGUCCAGGGUGUACGACGCUGCCGUGGACCUGAAGAAUUGUGUUCUUCAUGCACCACUCACAGACGAUGAGCGGGACAGCAUCUUGCGCGAUGUGGGAAAGAGGACGGACAUGCUUCUCAGCCCUGUUCAUGCCGUGACUCCCUUGUUGGACCCUCGAUUGCAGGACAUCACUGUCUUCAGCAAUCAGGACUUGAUGGCGCAAUUCGAUAACGUGGUGGACCGUCUCGUUGCAAAGAAUGGGAGUCAGAAGUUCACAGACUGCAAAGACCAGCUAUACGACUUCCAAUUUUGCAGAGGGAUCUUUGGUGACGCAGCAGUGUUGAGGAGUGCAGACAAGGACAAUGCAGUGUUGUGGUGGGAGGCACACGGAGGUGGCCAUCCGGAGUUGAAGAUGUUGGCCAUGAAAGUGCUUUCGAUAUGGACCACAUCCUCUCCUGUAGAGAGGAACUGGAGCACGUGGUCCCUCGUGCAGACGAAGAUGAGGAACCAGCUGAAGCACAAGCAUACAGAGAAGCUUGACUGGGUGGACGAGGAUCUUGAAGGCGAGGCAAUUGGCAUGCUCAAUAUGGAGGACGAUGAUGCAGUCAGGCAUGGCGCCACUGGAUCUGAGAGGGACAACACCAACAUCGUCACUGCGCGUCGUGCAACUCAGAGUACUACGCAUGGACCGGAUGUCUUCGAGGAGGAGGAGGAGGAGGAGGAGGAGGAGGAGGAGGAGAGGGAGGAGGAGGACGAGGACGAGGGAGAUGAAUUCCCUUGCGAGGAGUGGCACAGUGACAAGUCCGACUCAGAUACGUCGUGGACGAGGAGAGAGGGCAUUUUACCGUACACACCCGGCCCGCGUUUCAGCCACCUGAUUGCAUCACGGAAUGCUCGGGGCCAGCAAGAGGGCCAACGACAUGAGGAACGACAUGAUGAUGAUGAUGAUGAGGAGGAGGAGGAGGAGGAACACGAGGAGCUGCAGCAGCAGCGGGAGCGGCUGCAGUGGGAGCGGCAGCAGCGGGAGCAGCAGCAGAAUGAGCAGCAGCAGCGGGGGCAGCAGCAACGGGAGCGGCAGCAGCGGGAGCAGCAGCAGUGGGAGCGGCAGCAGCGGGAGUAGCAGCACAAGGAGCAGGAGCAGGAGCAGCAGCACGAGGAGCAGCAGCACGAGGAGCAGCAGCACGAGGAGC